AAGCUCCGCCAGCUAGGCGGCCAGGGUCCCCUCCUUCGGAAAGCCAGCUAUAAAAAGUGGCGGCCGCCUUCCAGCAUCAUUCUUUCAGCCACAGCCGAAGAAACAAAACCUCAUUCACCAUGUUCAGAUUUGUUGCUCUCGCCGCCCUCCUGGCCGUCGCCAACGCCGGAAACCUCCUGGCCCCCGCUGCCUAUGCCAGCCCCCUGGCUUAUGGAGCUUACGGAGCCUACGCCGCCCCCGCCUACGCCGCCCACGCUGCGUACGCCCCCGCCUACGCCCCCGCUGCCUACGCCGCCCCCGCCGUCGUUAAGACCGUCGCCCCCGUCGCCACCUCUUACGCCAACACCUACAAGGUCGCCGUCAAGGCCCCCGUCGUCGCCGCCGCCCCCGUCGCCUACGCCGCUCACGCUCCUGUCGUCGCCGCCCCCGCCUACGCUUCCUACGCCGCCCCCGCCUACACCUCCUACGCCGCCCCCGCUGUCGUGAAGACCGCCAUCGCUGCCCCUGCCUACACCUCGUACGCCGCCCCCGCUUACGCUUCCUACGCCGCCCCCGCUGUCGUUAAGACCGUGGCUGCCGCCCCCGCCUACACCUCGUACGCUGCUCCCGCUUAUGCUUCCUACGCCGCCCCCGCCUACGGCGCUGCCCUCAUCCACUAAGUCCUUUCACUUUGUAAUAAUUGUAUAAAUGCACCUACAUCAGACUGAAUUGUGAAUUUUGUAACUUAUUUGCGGCUACAUCAGCAAUAAACGUUUAUACAUGAUCAUAUAAUUUAAAAA